AUGGCCGAAGAGACAGGCUGGGUUGACCGGAGAAACCUGGCGUUGAAUAAGAGAGGGAGCCGGCUGGUCAUUAUUUUGACUGUGUUCAUGUUCUUCGAUUUCGUCUUCAUUGCUAUUCGACUGUAUUCGCGGAGGAUAAAGAAGAGGGCUCUGGAUCUUAGUGACUAUUCUAUCCUCAUUGGAUUUGCCCUACUUAUCGGCAUCUAUGCCCUUGAAAUCGUGCAGGUCGUCCAGUGCGGCCUAGGGCUAGAGUAUGCCUGGGUCAGCGCAAACUUAGGCGUCGAUAACAUUAGCCGGCUUUUGAAGAAUGCCUUUGCGGCCAACACGCUGUGGAAUCUUUGUACCAUGGCCAUAAAGAUCUCCAUCUUGCACCUUUAUCUCACCAUAUUCAACUCCGUCACAGCCAUGAGACGCAUCUGCUGGGCCCUGGUUGUUGUUGUUGUUCUUGGUCAUUUGGGCACAAUCCUCGAAUCCCUCUUGAUCUGCAAGCCGUUGUCGUAUAUAUGGAAUUUUGUCUACCCAACUGCGAAAGGAAAAUGCACCGGAGGGAAGCUAGCAAGCUUCAUUCCUGGACUGAUAAGCUUGACAUUGGACAUUAUUGUUUUCGUUAUGGCAUACUCAUCAGAAAUUAGGCUUCCCCUGCCGGUCCUUUGGAGCCUCAGGAUGCCGACCUCGAAGAAGAUAGCCACAAGUUCGGUCUUUGGAAUCGCACUUGGAAUCGUCAUCGUCUCAGCUGUACGCCUAAGCUUUGUAUAUACCAACUCGACAGACUACACCAAGGAGAGUAUCAAGUACUCGAUAUGCGGGGCCAUUGAACCGAUGGUAGCAAUCCUCGUCAGCUGCACGCCCAUGCUACAACCCGUCGUUCAGCACCUCUCAGGCGGGAAAGUGGCUCUGUGGGCGACCAAGCGCAGUGCAGGUGGAUCGGGUCCUGCAGGCAGCGGCAACGUGUCCUGGCCCCAUGCCAGCCAGAAGAGCUACAUCAGCAGCAGCAAGAGUCCGGGAGUAAAAGGCGGCUUUGAGAGGAUGGGCGAGGAGGACGGAGACUAUCCGCUUAUUGAUCGACCUGGCGUGAAGAGGAGUGGAAUGCAAACGCCGGAGAGGACUUAUUUUGAGAGUGAGAGAAAGUACCGUUGGCUAUCACUCUCCCCUCGACUCGCGACUAUGAGCACGUAUGAUGACCCUCUCCUCAUGGACAGCGGCGAUGGUAAGGUCCUUCCCGCUUACCUCACGCGCCACGUCAACCUCGGCCUCGAAAACGACGACAUCUCAGCCCUCAUCAGCUCAAUCGAGCUGAGCCAGGUGACGCGCAACUCGCAGCCUUCGCCACUUCCUCAUCUUCCGGCUGAGAUACUGCUUCGCGUGCUCGAACAUGUUCCGGUGGAUUAUAUCUUGGAAUUCCGGGCCGUGUGCCGCGGGUUCCGCGAUUACAUCGACACAAGGGUCAUGUACUCGUACCUCCUGAGGUCAGAAUUACUUGGCUGGAUCGGGUGCAGAGGGGAGCGCGAGCUCGACCCGCCCUGGGAAAAGCGAUACACCCAUUAUGUGCCUGCGCGUUUCGAACGGUUGGAUGUGGAUGUGGAUGGGAAUGGCAAGCAGCCAGGCGCAAGGUGGAACGCUAGCUAUGCCAUCUUUCGUAUCGAGAAAGGCUCCCUCAAUGGUCCUGAUCCAUGGCCACAAAACACCACCUUCGUUAGGCUGUUUAGGACGCUUCUUGACCCGCAAACACCGCCACUCACCGUGGUACACCAUUACGGUCGCCUGCGAUGGUGUGUUAAAGUGGACAGUCAUAUCCUCGACUGCGCCUUUAUAGAACCCUGGGAAUCAUGUGAAAGCUUACAAGUCGAUUUCAAGGAGCAAACGGUUCGGGUCUUGUGGAAGGACAUGAUCCAACAGCUCGUACGGGAGGAAGCCGCUAUUCGCAAGAAGAUGGAGGUGACACAAUCGUCCCCAUACACCUUUGGUCACGAAGAAGAUUGUCUCCGAGCUAUACGACGACGACGCCUACGACUUCGCCUGCCCAAAGAACCUACUGUCCCUGAACACCGCAAAAUCGUCUGGGCUCUCCGCCACCUCCAGCCUCUCUUCGGAAAAACCCCCUGCGCAAAGCUGAGCUAUCCUUGGGGCGAAGUUGAGAAUGUUGAAGACGGUGCGUCCGCCAUUCUAAUGCUCCUACGCAAAGAAGCCGCCACUGGCGACAAAGAGCUACAACAUCUACGCCAGCUUGCAAGUGAUAGAGCAGCCAUGCUCGCACAGCGCGAUCAUAUUGAGAAACUUGUUGAGAACUGGCAUAUCAAUAUUUUCGAUCGUGAGGUGUUCUUCGGCACCGAUUUAGCGGAGAAAGAAGGUGCAAAUCCUGUAGCCUGGUCGGAUCGGAUGCGGGCGUUAGUAGAGCAACGAGUGCGGAGGUGGAAGAGCCAAGAAAAACUCAUCGACAAGAUGAUUGAGUUGAUGGAGACUUUGACGGCAGUCAUGGAGGUCCCGGAGGAUGCGUUUGAUAAUAUCCACAGCCAAUACUAA